UCUGAUUCCCGGGUACCAGAACUACAUUACCCAGCAAGCACGAGAAGGCUUGGGUUGGCGCUUUCCGCCUUGGCCGGAAGGAGUUUGUAGUUCCGUCAUUGCCGCAACUUUCUUUUUCCUGGGGCAGGUUCCGGUAGCGUGCACAAUGGGCCGUGUAAUACGAGGUCAAAGAAAAGGUGCAGGUUCUGUUUUCAGGGCCCAUGUGAAACACAGAAAAGGUGCAGCAAAGCUGAGGGCUAUUGAUUUUGCUGAAAGACAUGGCUACAUCAAGGGUAUUGUAAAGGAUAUCAUUCACGAUCCUGGUCGAGGAGCUCCUCUUGCCAAAGUUGUUUUUCGUGAUCCAUAUAGGUUUAAAAAACGAACAGAACUGUUCAUUGCAGCUGAGGGCAUUCAUACAGGACAGUUUGUUUAUUGUGGCAAGAAAGCUCAGCUCAACAUUGGCAAUGUCCUGCCUGUUGGAACAAUGCCAGAAGGCACCAUUAUCUGCUGUCUUGAAGAGAAACCUGGAGAUCGUGGAAAACUAGCUCGGGCUUCUGGAAACUAUGCCACUGUUAUUUCCCACAAUCCUGAAACAAAGAAGACCAGGGUGAAGCUGCCUUCUGGAUCCAAGAAGGUGAUCUCUUCUGCAAAUCGAGCAGUUGUUGGUAUUGUUGCUGGUGGUGGUCGAAUUGAUAAACCCAUCUUGAAGGCUGGGCGGGCCUACCACAAAUACAAAGCAAAGAGAAAUUGCUGGCCACGAGUCCGUGGUGUGGCUAUGAACCCUGUAGAACAUCCCUUCGGUGGUGGUAACCAUCAGCACAUUGGUAAGCCUUCGACUAUUAGGAGGGAUGCUCCUGCUGGUCGCAAAGUUGGUCUUAUUGCAGCCCGGCGUACUGGUAGACUACGUGGGACAAAGACUGUGCAAGAGAAGGAAAAUUAAAUUCUUCGCUAUAUUAUAUCCAAAAAUAAAUGCCAUCUGAUUAUAAAA